UCUCCGCCUUCAGCCCACCCGCCGCCCGAGCGCAGGAUGCCGGGGGGAAAGCGAGGGCUGGUGGCUCCGCAGAACACCUUCCUGGAGAACAUCGUCAGGCGCUCGAGCGAGUCAAGUUUCUUGCUGGGAAAUGCACAGAUUGUGGACUGGCCUGUAGUUUAUAGUAAUGACGGAUUUUGCAAGCUUUCUGGGUAUCAUAGAGCUGACAUCAUGCAGAAAAGCAGUACUUGCAGCUUUAUGUACGGAGAGCUUACGGACAAGAAAACCAUUGAAAAGGUCAGGCAGACGUUCGAGAAUUACGAGUCCAAUUGCUUCGAAGUUCUUCUCUACAAAAAAAGCAGAACUCCGGUGUGGUUCUAUAUGCAGAUUGCCCCCAUCAGAAACGAGCACGACAAAGUUGUUUUGUUUCUGUGUACUUUUAAAGACAUUACUUUGUUCAAACAACCCAUUGAAGAUGACUCAACGAGAGGAUGGACAAAAUUCGCCAGGUUAACCCGAGCGCUGACGAACAGCCGCAGCGUUUUGCAGCAGCUGACGCCGAUGAACAAAACAGAAGUGGUCCACAAGCAUUCCAGAUUAGCGGAAGUUUUACAGCUAGGAUCAGAUAUUCUUCCCCAAUACAAGCAAGAAGCCCCCAAAACCCCACCUCACAUUAUCCUGCACUACUGCGCGUUUAAGACCACCUGGGACUGGGUCAUCCUGAUCCUGACUUUCUACACGGCAAUUAUGGUUCCUUACAAUGUCUCUUUCAAGACCAAACAGAACAAUAUCUCCUGGCUGGUGUUGGACAGCGUGGUGGAUGUUAUAUUCUUAGUGGACAUUGUAUUAAAUUUUCAUACAACGUUUGUGGGACCCGGAGGAGAAGUCAUUUCAGACCCUAAAUUAAUACGAAUGAACUACUUGAAAACCUGGUUUGUUAUAGACCUGCUGUCUUGUUUACCAUAUGACAUCAUCAAUGCCUUUGAAAAUGUGGACGAGGGUAUCAGCAGCCUCUUCAGUUCGCUGAAGGUGGUCCGUCUCUUGAGGUUGGGUCGCGUGGCCAGAAAGCUGGAUCAUUACCUGGAGUACGGAGCAGCGGUUUUAGUCCUUCUGGUCUGCGUCUUCGGUCUCGUGGCCCAUUGGCUAGCCUGCAUAUGGUACAGCAUCGGAGACUACGAGGUCAUCGAUGAGGCCACUAACACCAUCAAGACGGACAGCUGGCUGUACCAAUUGGGAUUAAGCAUCGGCACUCCUUAUCAAUACAACGCCAGCGGCUCAGGGCAAUGGGAAGGUGGACCCAGUAAAGACUCCUUGUACAUAUCAUCCCUUUACUUUACCAUGACAAGCCUUACAACUAUUGGAUUUGGGAAUAUAGCACCAACAACCGAUGGGGAGAAGAUUUUCUCAGUUGCCAUGAUGAUGGUUGGCUCUCUUCUUUAUGCAACUAUUUUUGGAAACGUCACCACCAUUUUCCAGCAAAUGUAUGCCAACACCAACCGAUACCACGAGGUGCUGAACAACGUGCGCGACUUCCUCAAACUGUAUCAGGUCCCGAAAGGCCUUAGCGAGAGGGUCAUGGAUUACAUUGUAUCGACGUGGUCCAUGUCCAAGGGCAUUGACACAGAAAAGGUUCUAGCAAUAUGUCCGAAAGACAUGAGAGCGGAUAUCUGCGUGCAUCUGAACAGAAAGGUUUUCAACGAGCACCCUGCUUUCCGUCUGGCUAGCGAUGGAUGCCUGCGAGCGCUGGCUGUUGAGUUCCAGACAAUACACUGUGCUCCGGGAGACCUCAUCUACCACGCGGGUGAAAGCGUCGAUGCCCUCUGCUUCGUGGUAUCCGGAUCCCUGGAAGUCAUUCAAGAUGAAGAGGUGGUAGCAAUAUUAGGGAAGGGAGAUGUAUUUGGAGACGUGUUUUGGAAAGAAACCACGCUCGCACACGCUUGUGCCAACGUCCGGGCGCUGACAUAUUGCGAUUUACACAUCAUUAAACGCGAAGCCCUGCUGAAAGUGUUGGACUUCUACACGGCGUUUGCUAAUUCAUUCUCAAGGAACCUCACGCUGACUUGUAACCUAAGAAAACGGAUUAUCUUCCGUAAAAUCAGUGAUGUGAAGAAAGAAGAGGAGGAACGGCAGCGUCAGAAGAACGAAGUGACCCUCAGCAUUCCGGUGGACCAUCCGGUACGAAAGCUCUUUCAAAAAUUUAAGCAACAGAAGGAGCUGAGGAACCAAGGGUCUUCACACUGUGACCUGGAAAGGAACCAUCUCCAAGUAGAGAACCGUUGCAUGCACAACGGAGCAGUCAUUACCGGCACCAGCGUGGUGACCGUGUCUCAGAUAACACCCAUUCAGACGUCUCUUUCUUACGUUAGAACCAGCGAAUCUCUGAAGCAAAACAACCGGGACUCCAUGGAGCUCAAGCCAAAUGGCGGCAGCGACCCUACGUGCCUCAAAGUCACCAGCCCCAUGCGUAUCAAGAACGGCAAUGGGAAGAGCUGGCUGAGGCUGAGGAACAACGUGCAGGUCAACGAGGAGAAGAAGGAAGACUGGAACAAUGUUACAAAGGCGGAAUCAAUGGGUUUGCUUUCGGACGACCCAAAAUGCGUUGACCCUGAAGGUGGCGUUUCUAAAAACCCCUUGAGAAAAACAGACUCGUGUGACAGCGGGAUAACAAAAAGUGACCUUCGUUUGGACAAAGCCGGGGAAACGCGCAGCCCCCUUGAACACAGCCCCAUCCAGGCCGACGCCAGGCACCCUUUUUACCCCAUCCCCGAGCAAGCCUUACAGACCACUCUCCAGGAGGUCAAACACGAGUUAAAGGACGACAUUAAGUCGCUAAGCUGCCGGAUGUCUGCUCUAGAGCAGCAGGUGGCAGAAAUCCUAAAACUACUGUCGGAAAAGAAAGUACCCCCUUCCCCUUCCCAAGUUCCACCCAGCCCCCUCCAGAUACCCUGUCAGGACAUUUUUAGCGUUUCCAGACCCGUCACCCCGGACUCUGAAAAAGAAGAGAUUCACGUAUAAUAGGCGGCCUACGGGCGCGGGGGAGAGAGGACCUACGGGGGGCAUAUAUAAUAUCUUGGCACACAUAUGUGUACAUAUAUGCAGUUGUACAUACAUUUACAGAUACGACUAAUUUUAUCUAUUUUGGUGUGUAAAUAUUGCAUGUCCAGCUGGAUUCUGGCCUGCCAAAGAGAUAACCUUCAUAUAGAUAUUGCUUGUAAAAUAUGCAGUUGACUGCACGCAUUCUUUUGUUUCAUUUAAAAUAUUCCGAACGGAUAAUUUGUAUAAUAAAGGUAACGUUAUAUUUACUUAUCAAGGUCCAG